AUGGAGAUGGAUGGACAUCAAAGUGAUGACGAGAACGACGAUCACUACGAACAUGACCAUACUGAAGUAUCAACCACUACCAAGACACCCAAUGCAACAAUGUCACCGAUUCCUCAUGUAAUGCAUCAUGAACAUGGUAAACCCAUUUUGGAAACUCAUUUAUUACCUGAAGAACGAUUAUAUUGGGAGAAUUAUAAUACCACGACUUAUUUCAAUGUUCCUACCAAUUAUCGUUCCACAUUAUAUUUACAUAUUAUAUUUGCACUAUUUUCAAUUGUAUUUAUUUAUCCAAUUACAUUAAUUUUUAAUAAUUUGAAUAUGAGGAAAUCAUAUAUGUUAAGUUUGGUAAUUCAUUCUUGUUGUAUUAUAUUUUCAUUAUUUAAUUAUUCAAUUUUUAUUAAUUCAAUUCCUGAAUUAUAUCCUGGGAAUGCAUAUAGUAAAAUGUUGGUUAUUUUAUUUGUUUCUACAAUUUUACAAUUAAUAUUUGCAUUUAUUAAAUCAAUUGAUCCAAAUACUAAUGAAUAUUUCAAUUUGGGAUCUUCUUCAGAUGAUGAUGAACUGAGAAAUUCAUUAACUUCAACAGAACAAGAAGAAGUAAAGCAAUAUCAUCAAAUGCCUACAGGGAAUAAAUUCACCAAUAAAUUAUUCGAAUUUAGACAAUGGGUAGCCGCUACCAGAUUUCAUAAAGUUUCUAAAAUUGGGUUUAAUUUAUUGAAUUGGGGUCAUUUCUUUUAUUUCUUAAUUUUAGUUCCAACUGGAGUAGCUACAUUUUGUGUCUAUGGUAAAGGAGGGACUGUAUUUAAUUUAUUAGCCCAUUUUAUUAAAGGUGGUGUCUUUUUUGCAUAUGGUAUUUUAACGUUAGCAAGAUAUUCUGGAGGAUUUAGUAAUAAAGGAUGGGCAUGGAAUCAUAAAUUUAUCAAAAGUUCAGACAAGACCAAUAAAUGGUUCAGUAUUCAAGGUACUGGAUUAUGCACCAUGGAAAUGCUUGAAUCAUCCUUGAUUUUAUUCUAUGGAUCAACUAAUAUCUUUUUAGAACAUCUUGCUAAUCCAGGAGGUGAAUGGUCUCCUAAGGAUUUACAACAUGCUUCAAUUGCGUUUAUUUUCAUUGGAUGUGGAUUAUGUGGAGUCCUUUGUGAAAUUAAAUUAAAUGACUGGAGAUUUGAACAAGCAAAACAAAACCUCACCAAAUCUAACCAAGACACCCAAUCAAUAACUAAUGAUACAAAGAUCAUUAAAGCCAGUCCAGGAUUCAGUCCUAAUCCAUUCCCAAUCCUUACUAUUUUCUGGACCGGUAUUCUUAUGUCUGCCCAUGAACAAGCCAGUCCGUUAUCGACUGAUAUUCACAAGCAAUGGGGACAGAUGUUUGUACUUGGAUGUGCAUUCAGAUUCUUGACUUAUUUAUUGAUGUUGCUUUCUUCAACCACUUGUCAAGAUUUGACCAAACCUACAAGACCAAUCACGGAAUUAAUAGUUGCAUUUGGAUUACUUUGUGGUGGGGCUAUCUUUAUGGAAAGUACCGAUCCGGUGGUUUUGUCAUUUGAAUAUUAUGGAUUGACGGCAAUGUUUACUUUGAAUGUAUCGUUGGGGAUGGUUACUUUGUUUAUGAGUUGGGUUAUGAGUGUGUUUGCAUUGAAGGAUUGGUUGAAGAAUAAAUAUGCCAGAAAAGAAAUGGUAUAA